AUGUCGGACUCCUCAGAAACCUCGAGUGCUGAAGAUGGCUUUCUUUUCCCCAACACCGAUCCUGGGGCGGAAGAGUUUGCUGAGCCGCGGCGCAAGCGGCGAAAAACUGGUCGAGAUAAUAAGGAAAGCGCUGCUCUAGGUAUUUUCGGGUCGGAUAGUGAUGAUGACCGGCCAGUUCAGCAGUGGAAAUCACGCACCCUUCGAGGGAAAGGGGUGGGAUUUGUGUCCUCCAAAGCUGACGGCGGCUCCGAGGUGGAUGAGGAGGACGGGGAGGAAAUGCUGGGUGUUGAGGUUCAUGAUACAGCAGGACUACGACCUUCAACUGGUACAGGUCUAGGAUGGUCACAGGCAGCUCGAGAAAGUUCGCCCCAGAACAUGAGCAAAAACCAUGAUAUGGGUACGCCGUUAGGUCUGGGCUUUGCACCCUCUUCAGCACAACAAGCUUAUACGGGUGCCAGAGAAUUCAUGAAAACCGAAAGCCCACCUCCAGCCAUGUCUAGACCUUCCAAUUUCGGAGCUUCCUCCAAGGGAGGCAUGAACAACAAUUCGUUUGCAGCAAAGAUGAUGGCGAAAAUGGGCUAUGUGGCAGGGCAAGGUCUAGGCUCAUCUGGUCAAGGUAUUGUCAAUCCCAUCGAGACCAAGCUUCGUCCGCAGGGAGCCGGAUUGGGUACGGUCAAGGAGAAGACGCAACAAGCCAAGGAAGAGGCAAAGAGGGAAGCGGCUCGACGGGGCGAGGUGCUGGAGGACAGCUCAGAAGAGGAGAGAAAACGCAAACGAAAGGCCAAAGAGAAGCGAAGGCUCCAAGGUGGAAGCGGAGCUAGCACACCCGGAUCGAAACCAAGGACCAAGUAUCGCACAGUAGGAGAUAUUGAAGCGGCAGCGGAGGGUCUCGAGGUGCCCAAGGUGCUAAAGUCUUUGAUUGACGCCACCGGCAGGGAGACGAGAUUAUUGACCUCUACCUCGGGUUUGAUGACGCCUACAAAUGAGGUAUCAGAUGGAGAAUCAACCAAGAUCGCCAAGCGAGCUAAGCGAGAUCUGGAGGCGUUUGCAGAUGCGUGGAAUGCGGAAACAGAGAAAAAGAAAUACAUUGAUGCACAGGAGCUGCUUCUUAGUGGAGAGAUCGAGGCUAAUAACCUCGCGAUCGACCAGACCAGAGCUCUACUGAAAGCACUGGAUAGCCUAAGUCUCGAAGGCAAUGGGUCGUUGGACGAACAAUGGGACGAGGUCAUUCAAAACUUGGAGAUCUUGCAGGUAGAGUUCAGCGGUCGACUUGAAGAGUAUGGACUUCCUGAGGCUGCUGUAGCUUCGUUAGAGCCGCUGUUCAGAAGGAAGAUGGAAGGGUGGGAUCCGUUGCAGGAUCCUGAAGGUCUUGUUUCGGCCUUGCGACGAGUUCUUCCCAUUCUCGGCGUCAAUGAUGAUCAGCCGGUGCACCAGAAGUCAACCACUCUAUAUGAAUCGAUGAUAGUCACCCUAUGGCUACCAAAGGUCCGCACAGUGCUGGUCAACGACUGGAACGUUCAUGAAGCCAAGAAUGCUGUAAACCUGCUGGAAAGCUGGAAACAAAUUCUGCCCAGGUUUGCCUAUGAGCAGCUAUUGACUCAGACAAUUGUACCCAAGCUGAAGAAUGCGGUCAGAGAGUGGAAGCCGCGAAGCAACAGGAAACACCACUCGCACCUCGCCCCUCACAAAUGGUUAUUCGAAUGGCUUCCAUUAUUGAGCGAGCGACAGAGAGAUCUCAAGAAUGCAAAUGGUGUCAUGGGCGAGGUCAGACGGAAGUUCCGAUCAACCUUCGACCACUGGGAUGUUACACGAGGCGUGAUGGAAGGUAUAUCACAUUGGAGGAACCUUCUUCAGUCAGACCUUGAUGUCAUCCUGAGAAAUCACUUGCUCCCGCGUCUUGCACGACAUCUGCGAAAUCAUCUCGAGAUCAACCCACAGGAGCAAGACCUGGCGCCGCUCGAAGACGUGUUAAAAUGGACAGAGUUCUUCAACCCUCACGUCAUGGGCGAAUUGCUUGUUGCAGAGUUCUUCCCCAAAUGGCAUGACGUGCUACACAUCUGGCUGACCUCUGAUCCCAACUACGAAGAGGUCGGUGAAUGGUUCUCCUGGUGGAAGGAACAAAUCCCUGAAGCCAUUCGAGACCUGAAGCCAGCAGCAGAUGAAUGGCAAAAAGGCCUCGAGAUGAUGGAGCUUGCCCUGGAGCUGGGUGAUCGCGCCGCUGAGGAGUUGCCAGCACCUGUUGCGAGACUCACCGAAGACUUUGUCAAGCGCAGCACGAACGGACACACAGCUGUGAAGGCUGAGAAGGUCGAGCCUGUCGCAGAACAAGAUAUGAGCUUCAAAGACCAGGUCGAUCAGUGGAGCAUUUCGGAAAAUCUUUUGAUGAUACCGAUGCGGGAAGCGCAUGCCACGACCGGCCUGCCUGUCUUUAGAAUCACGGCUAGUGCCACCGGCAAGGGCGGCGUGCUUGUCUACCUCAAGGGAGACGUUGUAUGGGCGCAGAAUCGUACUCGGGAUGCUUGGCAUCCUGUUGGGCUGGACAAUUCUUUGGUUGACAGGGCGGAAGGGAAGUAA